AUUAUUAGUCGUACACAUUUUAUUGCCUGUUGUUGAACCAGAACAGGACAGGGCAGAGGAACCUAUUUGACCAGUCUGUGCUUACCCGUUCAACCAAAUCCUUCUCCAAGUCCACCAAUUCAUCCUAUAACAUUACAACAUAUAAUCCAUUUUCCUUUUCUGUUAUCUAUCCCCAUUUCAUUUCUGUUCUUGUUUCUUCACCAAAACUCUCUAGAUUGACGUUUUUUCCGAUCAGGCAACCAAUCAGAUCCUUUGAAAAAAGAUGAAUGAUCUAUUCUCCGGGUCGUUCUCCCGUUUCCGGGACCAGGGGCAAUCGCCGCCGCGGGACUCCCACAACAUCGAGAUGACCGGCGGUGGAAACGCCGGCGGCGUGAAUCUCGACCGGUUCUUCGACGACGUGGAGGCGGUGAAAGACGAAUUGAGAGAGUUGGAGUCGCUGUUCAGUCAGCUCCAGAAUUGGCACGAGCAGAGCAAGACGUUACACAACGCGAAGGCGGUGAAGGAGCUCCGAUCGCGGAUGGACGGCGACAUCGCCGCCGCUCUGAAGAAGGCGAAAAUGAUAAAGGUCCGGCUGGAGGCGCUGGACCGGUCGAACGCGGCGAACCGGAGCAUGCCGGGGUGCGGGCCGGGGAGCUCGUCGGACCGGACCCGGACGUCGGUGGUGAACGGUCUGAGGAAGAAGCUGCAGGAGAUGAUGAACCGGUUCAACGAGCUGAGGCAGAAAAUGAGCUCCGAGUACAGGGAGACGGUGCAGCGGCGGUACUACACGGUGACGGGGGAGAACCCGGAGGAGAAGGUCCUGGACCGGCUGAUCGAGACGGGGGAGAGCGAGACGUUUUUGCAGAAGGCGAUACAGCAGCAGGGGAGGGGGCAGGUGAUGGAGACGAUAAUGGAGAUCCAGGAGAGGCACGACGCGGUGAAGGAGAUGGAGAGGAAUCUGAGGGAGCUGCACCAGGUGUUCCUGGACAUGGCGGUGCUGGUGCAGAGCCAGGGGGAGCAGCUGGACGACAUCGAGAGCCAGGUGAACAGGGCCAAUUCCUUCGUCAGGGGAGGGGCGCAGCAGCUCGAGGUCGCCCGGAAGCACCAGAAGAACACCAGGAAGUGGGCCUGCUUCGGGAUCAUCCUCCUGCUCAUCGUCAUCUUGAUCAUCGUCCUCUCUAUUAGGCCUUGGCAGAAAUAAUUAAUUUGUUGUUGCCUUCAUUGUCUAAUAAAUUACCCCACUAUUGUUUUUUUUUUUUUUUUUUGAGAUUUCUCGAUUUUGUGAUUGUAUUUACUACUACUUUCUUUGCCUCAUUAUUAUCGUUAUUUAUUAUUAUUA